AUGGCGACCCCUGCCACCACCAUCCGCCUUCUCGCAUGCUUUGCGGUAGCCGCGUGUCUGCUGAUGGUGCACAGCGGCUCGCGGCUCGUCAGCGGCCCAGAGCGGAUCCGCAGCGGCAAACUCGAGCGGGCUGACGAGGAGGUGGGUGCGUUGCGGCGGCAGCUCGAGGCGGCAAGGGCAGAGGCGGCCACAGCUGCCACUGAGGCGCGAGCGGCCACGCGGAGGGCGGAGGCGGCGGAGGCGGCGGAGGCGAAGGCGCUCGCGCAGGCGGCGGCCGCUGCACUGCCGCGCCGCACUGCCUCCUCUGGGCCUGGCGAGGGACUUUCCGGGCUCGAGGAGGCCAACGGAAGGCUGCUGAGCCGCGACGACAUCCUGGCUCGCGUCCCGGUGGGCCAGCCCGCCUUCUUCACCGUCGCGAACUCCGCCUACGCCGACCUCGCCGAGAACUGGGCGCUGCUGCUGAGGCCGCUGCUGCGCGGGACGACGGCGGGCCACAUGUUCGUCGCCUCACUGGACGGCGCGCUGGCGACGCGACUCCUCGCGCGAAGGCUGCCGACGCUGCGGGUCGGGCUUGGCUCCAACGACACCGGCCGGGCACCACCGCAGUCCAAGGCGCCGCCGGUCGAGGUGAGCGCAAACUUCCGGCUCAAGUUCUCGAUGUUUCGCGCCUAUGGGGUGACCAAGGCGGACCUCAUUGUGUGGCUCCUGCGAGCUGGCCGGCCGGCGGUCGUGUCGGACGUCGAUUGCGCGUGGCUCUCGCGGCCGCAGGCCUCCGUCUCCGGGAAGCCGGGCGAGAACGACUGCGACCAUGGCUGCGCGGGGGCGGUCGACGACCAGCUCACCUUCAACCAGAUCGUGGCGGGCUCGCCGACCAAAGGCAAGGGCGAGCCUAUCUACCCGCUCCGCGCAGCCGGCGACGGCGGGCGGGUGGUCUUCGACGGCAGCCAUCGGCGGAAGAUCGGGCCGGUCUCGGCGCGCGUGAUCUGCUCGGGGCACGUCUUUCACAUCCAGCAGGCCGCCGUCGAGCCUCGCGCGUGCCUCGUGAUGCACCUCACGUUUGUGGAGGCGCGCGACCCGGCGCUCGGCCCAAAGGCCGACAUCCCGGGCCGCACCACGGACGGGUGGGACGUCGACACCGCCUUGCGGCACACGCCCCGCCUCGCCGCGCACCUCGACCUCGCGGACAAGCACAUCGUCGGUAUCUCCCCAUAUCUCCCCAUAUCUCCCCAUAUCUCCCCGCACCUCGCCCUCGCGGACAAGCACAUCGUCGGUGUGGUACUAGGCCGCGAGCUCAUCAUGCCGCGCUGGCUCUGCCUGUGCGAGCGUGCGCAGGCGCCGUGGGACAUCCUCCCCGGCUGCGUCAAGGUGCGGCCGUGGACUCUGCUCAACGCCUCCUUCCACCCGCAGCAGCACCGUCCCGCUGCCGUCACCACCGUCAAGUGGCUGCCGGACGAAGCGGAGGGCGGCGGCGGCAGCGGCGGCGGCAGCGGCCGCGGCAGCGGCGGCGGCAGCGGCGGCGGAGGCGCGGCGCUGCUGCACCUGGAGUCGGCGCACGAUGGCGCGGUCUUCGGCGGCUUUGAGAGCGAGGAGGCAGGGAGGGAGUUCGACGAGCGAGUCGCCCGGCACGUCGUGCCAGGCGAGCGGCAGCGCCCCUCCAGAGCACCCGAGCCGCCCGACGAGCGCCCUCCCUCUGCGCCCAGCCCCCGUUGCUGUGACAGCGAUGGGCUCGCCCUCACUGGCCCUCAGUCACUUGUGCUGCGGCUUGUGUGA